CGCAGUGAGGUCAUCGCCCUCCGCCUCGAGGCGCCGACCCUCCACGUCAGGGGCGGGGCCUGCGGCCGGCUCCAGACUCCCUCCGCCCCGCCCCAGCCGCGCCUCCUCGAGGACCGUCCGGCGCGUCACGUGACGGGUCCGGCGCUGGCGGUUGCUGUCAGCUGAUUCCCCGGCUUGGUGGCAGUGGCAGCGGCAGCCGUGGCGAUGGACUUUCUCCUGGGGAACCCGUUCAGCUCUCCAGUGGGACAGCGCAUCGAGAAAGCUACAGAUGGCUCCCUGCAGAGCGAGAACUGGGCACUCAACAUGGAGAUCUGCGACAUCAUCAAUGAGACCGAGGAAGGUCCCAAAGAUGCCUUCCGAGCAGUGAAGAAGAGAAUCGUGGGGAAUAAGAACUUCCACGAGGUGAUGUUGGCUCUCACGGUCUUGGAAACCUGCGUCAAGAACUGCGGGCACCGCUUCCACUUGCUGGUGGCCAGCCAGGACUUUGUGGAGGGCGUGCUGGUGAGGACCAUCCUGCCCAAGAACAACCCGCCCACCAUCGUGCACGACAAGGUGCUCACCCUCAUCCAGUCCUGGGCUGACGCGUUCCGCAGCUCGCCCGACUUGACAGGUGUGGUCGCUGUCUACGAGGACCUGCGGAGGAAGGGCCUGGAGUUCCCCAUGACCGACCUGGACAUGCUGUCCCCCAUCCACACGCCCCAGAGGACCGUGUUCAACUCAGAGACACCGUCAGGACAGAAUUCUUCUGUGGGCACUGAUGCCAGUCAUCAAGGGGACUCCAGCCAGCACACCACCCCGCUGCCCACCUUGGCCCUACUCCCCAGUGACACACCCAUAAUGCCAACCGCUGAACAGAUCGGGAAGCUGCGCAGUGAGCUGGAGAUGGUGAGCGGGAACGUGAGGGUGAUGUCGGAGAUGCUGACGGAGCUCGUGCCCACGCAGGCGGAGCCGGCAGACCUGGAGCUGCUGCAGGAGCUCAACCGGACGUGCCGGGCCAUGCAGCAGCGGGUCCUGGAGCUCAUCCCCCGCGUCGCCAGUGAGCAGCUGACCGAGGAGCUGCUCACCGUCAACGACGACCUCAACAACGUCUUCCUGCGCCACGAACGGUUUGAACGCUUCCGAACAGGCCAGAACGCCAAGGCCCCAAGCGAGGCCGAGGCAGCUGCUGACCUGAUCGACAUGGGCCCUGACCCUGCAGCCACCAGCAGCCUCUCGUCCCAGCUGGCGGGAAUGAACCUGGGCUCCAGCAGCAUGAGGGCUGGCCUGCAGUCUCUGGAGGCCUCUGGCCGCUUGGAAGAUGAGUUUGACAUGUUUGCGCUGACGCGGGGCAGCUCGCUGGCUGACCAACGCAAAGAAUCCCCGUCACCCAGGCCUGCCUCAUGGAGGACAUCGAGCAGUGGCUGUCCACGGACGUGGGGAACGAUGCGGAGGAGCCCAAGGGCGUCACCAGUGAAGGUAGUAGACCUUGGCCCUGCCCACCCCUCCCCGGCUCCAGCCUCCGAGCCCAUCUGCAGCCGCCCUCUCGUCCCUCCAGAAUUUGACAAGUUCCUGGAAGAACGAGCCAAAGUGGCCGACCGUUUGCCCAGCCUCUCCAGCCCCUCAGCCGAGGGGCCCCCGGGUCCCCCGCCUGGCAGUGCCCCUCGAAAGAAGACCCAGGAGAAAGAUGACGACAUGCUGUUUGCCUUAUGAGUGUGGGGUCUGGCACCCUGCAGCCCGAGCCCCCGCUGCUCCCACACCCUGCGGCGGGGACCUGUCUCUCCUUCAGUGUUAAGGCUGCUUUGGGGGUGGCU